GGGCGGGAUCUGGCUGUGGCCACCGCUAAGUGCGCUGGGGUAACUGAUGCGCGCAAAAGCGCCCGGGCUGCGCCGCGCUGCUCCGUCGCCGUCCCCUUCGUUUCACUUGUUUGAGCGUUAUUCCACCGCCGCUGUUACCUAGCAGUUACCCGCGUAUUUCAGAAACAUUUAGGCUGCGUGGAAUAUGCCUGCCGCUGUGGUUUUGCGGUCACCCGAAGCGCCUCUUACUGGACUGAAGGCAGAACAGUUGUGGCGCUGUCCUGGGUUCUGAAGUCACAAAUCCAGAAGUGUUGUUAAAGACCAGACUUUUUUGUGGUGGCUAUGCUUCUUCACUACUAGAGUCUUGAGAUGAGUUGGAAAAGGCUGCAUUCUGUAGCUGUCUGGGGAUUCUUCGCAUGGGAAAUAGCGGGUUUACUGAGAUUUAUGAAGCAGGAACUAUGGUAAGAAGAACAAAGAAAAGCAACUCUCAAGAUUAUUCCGGACAUCCUCACCUCCAUACAGCGAAGCCUAGUUGCAUCUAAGGACCCAGACAGCCCCCGCGGGAGAGCAGUGCCCAUGUCACCAUCUGACUUCCUCGACAAGCUCAUGGGGAAGACCUCCGGCUACGACGCCAGAAUCAGACCCAAUUUCAAAGGCCCCCCAGUGAAUGUAUCCUGCAACAUUUUCAUCAACAGCUUCGGCUCCAUCGCAGAAACAACAAUGGACUACCGGGUGAACAUCUUCCUCCGGCAGCAAUGGAACGAUCCGCGCCUGGCCUACAGCGAGUACCCAGAUGACUCCCUGGACCUGGAUCCCUCCAUGCUGGAUUCCAUCUGGAAGCCUGACCUGUUCUUCGCCAAUGAGAAGGGGGCACACUUCCACGAGGUCACCACCGAUAACAAGCUGCUGAGGAUAUUCAAAAACGGCAAUGUCCUCUACUCCAUAAGACUAACCCUGACGCUCUCCUGCCCGAUGGACCUGAAGAACUUCCCGAUGGACGUGCAGACGUGCAUCAUGCAGCUGGAGAGCUUUGGUUACACGAUGAAUGACCUGAUCUUCGAGUGGCAGAAGAAUGGACCAGUCCAGGUGGCCGAGGGACUCACGCUGCCCCAGUUCAUCCUGAAGGACGAGUCGGACCUCCGCUACUGCACCAAGCAUUACAACACAGGCAAGUUCACCUGCAUCGAGGUACGUUUCCACCUGGAGCGACAGAUGGGCUACUAUCUGAUCCAGAUGUACAUCCCCAGCCUGCUCAUCGUCAUCCUCUCCUGGGUCUCCUUCUGGAUCAACAUGGACGCUGCUCCGGCCCGCGUGGCACUCGGCAUCACCACGGUGCUCACCAUGACGACACAAAGUUCGGGCUCCAGGACGUCCCUCCCCAAGGUGUCUUACGUGAAAGCCAUCGAUAUCUGGAUGGCUGUCUGUUUACUCUUCGUCUUCUCCGCCCUGCUGGAAUAUGCGGCUGUCAACUUCGUCUCCCGGCAACACAAAGAGCUGUUGAGGUUCCACCGGAGGAGGAGGAACAAGGCCAUUGAUCGGAAGCUUGAUGGGAAUGAGAGCAGUGAGUCGAUGCCGCGUUCCAAUGGCGCGAGAAGUUCCGAGCCCAGUUACAGACCAGUGGCUCAUAUCCGUGGCUCCUGUAGCAGGGAGGGGGAAUCCCGCGAGGGCCGGCAGAGUUUCAACACCGGAGUCCCCUGCAGCACGGCGAAGGACGGGGCCAUCGCCGCUAACAGCAGUUCCCUCCAAAAUCCGGCCCAGGCAACAGCAAGAAGCCCGGAGGAGAUGAAGAAGCUCUUUGUCGACAGGGCAAAGAAAAUCGACACCAUCUCCCGAGCAGGCUUCCCCCUGGCCUUCCUCCUCUUUAAUAUUUUUUACUGGGUCCUCUACAAGAUUCUGAGGUACGAGGACGUGCACCAGCAAUGAGGACAGGAAGGCCCAGGACUGUAGGACAGGGGGAACGGCCACAAACCAUGUCCUGAAAACAGGACCACACGUGGGCCAGCCGCAUUCACGUCUGACGCAAGGAGAACCAGCGCUCCCUAUGCAAAGCCCGGCUCCCUAUGCAAAGCCCGGCUGUGAUGAUCUAGCUUGGUGAGCCACACAAUGCUCCUGUCAGUAGCAGGGACUGAUACCCAGGACUGUGACACGCGGGUGGUGUCAAACCUCGUGUCUUACAGCAUAACUGCCAAUAUCCUUCGUAGUGUUUUGAUACACGUCUGAUAGCAGCACCAGUGAAAACCAACAAGCAACAAGAGGGUAUUCUGCAAAAUGAGAAGCACUUUGGUUGUAUAGCAUUACUGUAUUUGUAUUAGUCAGAAAACAAGGCCCUGGAGACCAUGUGACUUUCAAAGACCUAACUGAUGGUAUAGAUUACUGAGGCCUGACUUGCAGUGUACCUCUCCUUCAGUCGUGCACAGGUCACAUGAGCCCAGUGAACUAAAGUUCCCAGAACCAUAGCAUUGCACAAGAAACUCGGCUCAUCACAUCAACAAGAAACUGCAGCUGAAGAUGAUAUCACAAUAUACCUCACUGCAAUCUCAGAGCACAUAUCUGAUUGGCCAGUCCCAUCAAAAAAAUGUAACAGCGGAAAGCAUUUCUAACAUAAAGUACCACAUACUUCUUAGAACAACGUGUACUAUGGGAAGGACACCAAGCUUUGACACACCCUCUUGACUGUGGGCCCCAUUCUGAUCAGAAGAAAGGAGAAAAAUGCAAACAUUACCAGCAAGAUAAGAGAUAAGAUGCCAGACACUAUGCUGAAACAGCAAAGUGCUUCUAUACUAACAAGUUAAAGUUUUCAUUUCUGCGACUUGUAUGUGGAACUGUGAGGAAUUUUGCAUGUCUAGAAUCAUGUUGCUGAAUUGCCCCAGAUAAUGUGGAUUAAUUGUUUCUCAUAAUGUAGAUUUAACAUAACAUAUAUACUGUAACUGUGAGCUCAUGGGGUCUCCCAUUAUGUAUUGACUGGGGCUUCCUAAAAAUAUCAAAAUAUUUUAAACUGUGUGACAUUAAGACCUUAAUAUUAUUCUACUAAUACUUAUUUCCAAAUUAAAUGUGUAAAAGAUUCUUUGAAAGAUUAAAAAUCCCCAGCCCACACCUGGAAUGAGAUAAAGCAUUCUACAUGUGUACAAAUAACCAAUCGGAAGUGUAUCGAAAACAAAACUUGCGUGUGCCAAAUAUUUCAAGUAUACAGAUAAAUGUCCCAACGCAUUCCGACAGGUCUGAAUAUUGCCAUACAUUUCUGGUGCAAGUGAAUUCCACUAACAUUUAUUUCGUACGAAAUCAGUCAUGUGUUAUGCAUGAGGUUAAGUCAGUGUUGAUGUAUUUUAUCUUAGAAAAGGUUUUGAAUGAUUAUUUCCUCUGUAGUUUUUUUUUGUUCCAUGCACACGUGUAAAUUAUUUUCACAUAUCUAAUAAAUAUCCUUCAAAUGAA